AUGAAUGAUGAGCUAUCAUCUGGUGAUGAUCAUAUUCAUGAUCAACAUGAAUAUCCUAUUGAUUAUGAAGACGAUGAUGAAGAUUUCAAGUUAUCUGAUCAUGAUUCUCUACAUAAUAUCCAUUUUGAAAUAAGCGAGAAUAGUAAUCUAAAUGGAGAUGCAGAAAACGAAAACGGGUUCAUUAACGAUGAGAGAGAUGAUAUUAUAGCCGAUGAUAAUAUUGAUUUACAGAAAGACCACAUCAAAACUAAAAUCAACUCAAUAGUUGAUUCAUAUGGUGCAACAUUAUCAAUGUAUAACAACUAUGAAUCAGAAGAAGGUUUUGAUGUCAGGCUUGGAACAAUUAGAACAACGAAAUCCGACAUUAUUACACAAUGA